CACUAUUCCCCAACGCCAGCUCACGUUGGAACUAUAAUAACCGCUGACUGCUGCAACAAAAUAAGCAGUCGAUUAAUAACACCGAUGUUCUUAUUAGCUAGCUAGUUAACUGGUAAACUAUAUAGAGUUAGUUAGCAUCAUCGAUCACGGUUCUCCAGCGUGGUUCCUACGCAACACCACCAUGCCGAUCUUCUCAUGUCGAAGCCCUUGAUCAGAAUCCCCUUCACGGGCCCUCUCCCUCCUCCGCUUAUAUACCCCCGCUCAGCCAACUCCAUCUCUGGCGCAAUCGACGCCAUCUCUAAUUUCCUCACCGCCCCUCCCCCGCCCUUCCUCAGAGGCACAGAUGUCGGCCGCAACGAACUAACUGUCCUGCUCACAGGCGCCGGCAUCUCCGUCGCUUCAGGCCUCGCAGACUACCGUGGAGAAAAUGGCACCUACCGACGAAAUCUAACCUACCGCCCCAUCUUCUACCACGAAUUCGUCUCCCAGCACGAGGCCCGGAAGCGGUACUGGGCCCGCAGCUUUGUCGGAUGGCCCACGCUCGUGAACUCCAAACCCAACGAUACACAUGCAGCUAUUGGCAAGCUGGGUAGGAAGGGUUAUAUAUCCUCUGUUAUUACGCAGAACGUCGAUUCCUUCCACUCCAAGGCCCAUCCGCAUAUCCCAGUUGUCGAGUUGCAUGGCUAUCUACGCUCGCUUGUAUGCGUUAAUUGUCGCCGACAAAUGUCGCGGGAAGACUUCCAAGCCGUGUUGCUACGGCUUAAUCCAGCCUGGGCUGAGUUUUUGGAACAGAUUGCGAAGACGGGCGCGUUGGAUACACAUGAUCGGGAGGAACAGCAGAAGAAGGGGCUACAGAUGAAUCCAGACGGCGAUGUGGAUCUCCCCAACGCCCCGUACUCGAAGUUCCGCUAUCCGCCGUGUCCCCACUGCCUGGAGAAUCCGCCCUUGCUCCGCGACGGCACGCAGGGGAGAGUAGAGGCGGAACCCGAUGGGGCCAUUUCUCCCACUUCCAAUGCGGGCAUACUGAAACCGGCUGUGAUCAUGUUUGGGGAAUCGGUCGAUGAGCGUGUCAAGGAGCAAGCUGAAGAUGCGGUCGAUGAGGCGGGGAAACUUCUUGUGCUGGGGAGUAGCCUGGCAACCUUCUCCGCGUGGAGAUUUGUGGAACGCGCCAUCGCGCGGGGGAUGUCGAUUGGAAUUUUGAAUGUUGGGGGCGUCCGCAAUGAAGCUAGACUGUUCCAGGAGGCGGAUGGAAAUGGAUUCAUUGACCCAACGAUGCGUGUGAGAUGUAGUGAGCGGGCGGAGUUUGUUCUUCCGCAGGUUGCUGCUCAUCUUGACCCAAUCUCUCUGGCUUGAUAUAGAGGAACCAUUCAUUGUUUUAUUUUGGCCAGUAACGGGGCCUCUUGAAACUACAGGGGUUUAAAUUCCUAUUUCUAAAAUUUCUUUUUAAAUACGAUGAUAAUAUGCAAAACACUUGUUUGAAUA